UAAAGAACAGUUCAACACUACGUGUGCUUCGUGCUUAUUCUUUCACUAUAAAAUACAACAUAUUGGCGACGAGGAUGGCUUUACUCAGCCUUACUCCUCCUCCACCAUUCCUACAAACACCUGGUGAACCUACGAUUACUUUUGACGCCUGGGUGAGAAGCUUUAAUACGUACUUGACGGCGCUGUCUGACAAAGAGUUGGCGGACAAAAGAAAACGCGCCCUACUAGUCCAUUGCAUUGGUGUGGAAGCACAAAGAAUUUUCUUUACUCUUGCAACGGGGACCACAUACGACAAGGCAUGCAAAGCAUUGAAGUCGUUUUUCGUCCCUAAAGUAAACGUUGUGUCCGAAAGGAACAAGUUUCGUCUACGUAGGCAAAACGUUGGUGAGUCCAUUUUGCAUUACGUUGCUGCCCUACGUGAGCUUGUGUCGACAUGUGAGCUUGGAACUGUUGCAGAUGACAUGAUACGAGACCAGUUAGUUGAGAAGACAAACAGUUCUAGGAUACGCGAAAGCUUGCUUUUAGAAAGUGAAUUAACAUUACAAAAAGCUAUAACUCUGGCGAGCCACAUUGAGACUGUGCUGGCUGAUGCGCAAGCGAUGGCAAAGACAGGUGAUGCAGUGGUUGGGGCUGUGCAGGGCACUACUUUUCGUGGCGGAGGAAGACGCACGCCCUCGCACUUUCAGCGCAAAGAGUCACGUUCAGCGCCCAAGCCGACCGAGUCUUCAAAUCCCUCCGCGGGACACCCUGGCGACACCAACGCCCUGUGCAAGGAACCUCAGAGUGUUGCUGGACAACAUUUGGAGAAUUCGCCCCUUUCUCACCCGCUAUUUGACCCAGAUCUUGGUCCAAGCAAUGGUUCUGUCCCGCCUGGAGUACUGCAACACUUGGCUGGCCUUCCAGCAUUUGCCAUCAGACUGCUCCAACUCAUCCAGAAUGCAGCAGCUUGUCUGGUCUUCAACCUUCCCAGACACUUCCACGUCACCCCCCUUUGAGCGCACUUGUCCCUGGUUAUGGGUAUGCACUUUGCACAAAUUGUGCAAACUGCACAUAUAUAUAUAAACCAUAUUAAUAUGAAAUAUGUCUUUUUAAGUUCAUUUUUAAGAAAAUACAAAGUAAAGUUUUCAUAAAUAUAACUAUUUAUCUAAUUCUGGCACAUUUGUGUUUUCAACUUACUGAAAAGGUAUUAAAAUGUCAUCAUUGAGCAACUAUUAUUCUUUUCAUAGUUAGCCCCAAGAAAUACAAUAAUUGUUUUAAAAAAAAUAUGCAUAUUCUUGAAAAUCUACCCUGGAAACUGAAAAAUCCCCUUAAUUAAAGAAUCACACGAAUACAGAUCAGAUGGUUAAGCAGUGUUUGGAUAGUUAACUUUGGUGACUUUUGCUCUGUUUGUUUGUUUGUUUGUUAAAAAAAAAAAAAAAAAAAAAAAAAGGCCCUUGUUCUUUUCUUUGUUGUACAGGUAGCAGUUGAAAUUGUACUUACCUCUAGGGUCUUUCA